AUGAUGAGCUUAUUACGUUGUUGGAACUGCUCGGGACGGACGGCUCCAUCUGGUCUAUCAAUCCAGGCACGGUUAUCAAAUAUUGGCCAAUCGAUAGGAUCCCGGAGUCAUUUGAUCGGUAAAGCUUUGGACGGAGGACCCCUACACUUCGAUCGACAGUUUUCUCAAACCCGAAGGAUUGAAUCGACAAUCAACCAAACAAUCAGAGGAUGUAGGAAGACCGUCCGGCGAGAAAUCAAAGCACCUGCAUUAGAAGGCUGCCCUCAAAAGAAAGGUGGUCGAACUCAAGAUUUGAUUGGUCUGAAGUACAAGAUUAUAAGAGGAGCAUUAGAUUUUGCAGGUGUGGUCGGACGAAGAACGUCAAGAUCAAAAUAUGGCGUUAAAAAACCGAAGGAUCAAGCUGCUCCUUGA